CGGUUUUUCCCUGAAAAUGGAAGUUGAAAGGAGAAGCAAGCAAAUGUUCAAACAUUAAAAACAAUAACCAAAUAAAGAAAUCCUGAACUACUAUUUCAUUAUCCCCAAGAAAAACGUGUUCCGUCUCCUGCUCAUUGAUAAGAAUACCAUUCACUUCUACUUUUUGAUUCACAAAUUCAACUGUAUACUCAACCACGAAGACGAUUGCUUCGCAUGAAUUCAAAUGGCCGCUUAUGCGGCAUGUAAACGGGUCGGGUAUUUCGGACCUAAACUCGGAGCUCUUUCAGGACGCAACCAAUUCCACGGCAGACUCAUUUCGAACCCUUCUUUCAAUGGCAAGCGCUUAUUCCUCGUCGACACUCUAGCUCUUGUGAGAAGACUGGAAGCACAAGGGGUGCCUACGAAGCAAGCUGAGGCUAUUACUGCUGCUAUUACUGAGGUUUUGAAUGACAGCUUGGAAAAUGUUGCUCAGACUUUUGUUUCUAAAGAAGAGUUACAGACACUUGAGAUGAUUCAAGAAUCCAAGUUGUCCAAAUUUAAGUCCGAAGUUCAAAGCUCUCAGGAAAUUCAUGGAUUAAGGGCUCAGUUGGAAGCUGCAAAAUAUGAUGUAAUAAAAUAUUGUAUAGGUACCCUUGUCUCUAUAUCUGCUGUUGGUUUGGCCGUAGUCCGUAUUUUGAAGUAAGUGGCUAGAGUACAAUGCUAAUUAUUGAUAAAAAAAAAUAUUGUUGUUCAACAUCCUUGCUGCUCAAUGGAUAAAGCAGAGUUGUAUGACCCCUAAAUCUCAAUCGCAUUAGCAGACAUUAUAAUUAUAGUGGACUCAGAUAAACGUG